CAACAUCAUUCAUGAGUAGGAAUGAUCUUGACUGGUCACACUGCACAUGAAUCCCAACCUUAGAUAAAAUGAAAGCAAAUGUGUUAGUAAGGUCGUUAAGGAAAACUGGAAUUGUGCUGGCAUCUGGUUCCAUCGGAUAGGAGGAAUGGUCAUCAAAGACACGUGUUGUCACUGUGGCAUCAUCCAAAAGUCUGGAUCUAUGAAAGGAUGGAGGGAAAGGAGGGUAAUUGUUUACACCUGCACGUUAAUCCAAGUUUAAGGCGUCUAGCUGUGCCUUGUUCACACCUGUUGUCAUGUGAUUAAAAUAUAAAAGAUGACUUAGGAAUUGUUAUGGAGAUAACACUAUUGUAAAUAUGCUUUGAAUAAACAGCCAUUGUUUUCAAGUUGUUUAUUCGUUAUUAGAUAUCUUAGACAUAAUUCAGAAAUCUUAUGCAUUAAAAUAUCAAUUUUGGAGUUGGAUAAUACAAGUUAAUUUGUAUCUUUCAAGUUAUGAUGUGCAUACGAAACAGAAAACUGAGAAGGGGGUUUAUUAUUACUAUGGAUUUAAAACCAGUAGGGCACCGCUUCGAGUUAAAUACCACGCAUGCGCAGAAGCCGGUGAUCCGAGUCGUUCUUUUCCCUAUAUAUUCUAUUAAGAGCGACCCUGAGCACCAGAGACCUCCACCACGGUUACACCGCCCCAUUUAGUCGCCUCUUAAGACAAGCAAGGGGUACUGAGGACCUAUUCUAACCUGGAUCCCUACCCAUCGUUACAAUUUCACUGUCAUGAUCGUGUGCAGGAUUGGACAAAACAAGAUGGCUGGCGGAUAUUACAAACAAAGAUCCCGUCAAGAUGGUCAAAUUCAGAUGCUAUUACUGCCCCAAAACAUCGGGCCACUUGCAGGAUAUUGUUGAUCAUCACGUGACCGAUCAUAUUGCAUAUUGCAAGAUAUAGGGUUCACGGCGGGUGUGACCGGUCAACAGAAGAUGCUUAUUCCUCUUAGGCACCUGAUCCCACCUCUGGUGUGUCCAGGGGUCCCUGUUUGCCCAACUCUCUAUUUUGUAUUGCUUAUAGGAGUUGUGAGAUUGAUUACUGUUCGUUAUCUUCACCUUGCAGUAACAUUGAAAAUCAAGGAAAGGGUUUUGGAUGCAAAGUCUGGAAAUUGGGGACUUCAAACAAAAGAUUUCAAUUUCAUUCCCGAAGAUGUUUUAAUUUGCAAGGUGGGCUACAAAGAACGGCUCAAUAAUUGCAUUGUAUAUUAAAAAAUGACAGUCCCACCUUAGAGUUUUCUACAGAUUAACAUGUGUCACAGACAGGGAAACCAAGUGCACUAAGAUCUUGUACAAAUAGGAUAUUCAGUAUCAUUUCCUUUCUAACUACCUUGACUUUAAUUGAACAUGACGGAUACACAAUAUCAUUUCUGAAUGAUCCCGGGUAGUUGGUCAUCUUUGAGACAGUAUCCAUAACCCGGAUGUAACCGCCUAUAAUAAUGAUAUCCUGUAUCUAUACAUUAUUGCACAAUUAGUUAUACAAAAUAGUUUACAUUGUGGUACCUGUCUUUAAGAUAUAUACUUAUCGAGAACAUAUAUCACGAAACAUGAAAAUAUCACAGAUGAUUUAGAUAUAUAUAGCUAAACUUCAAAAGAGACCGUAAACACUUGAGCAUCAUAAUCAUAUAAUGUUGGAAAUAGGCUCACUGAGUGAGAUUACAAGAAUAGUCAGAGACUGCAAAUUUUGUUAGGUUCCCCAAACUUUCUGUGCAAAACCAUAAUAUAUCUAAUCCAGUAAAGUCUACAUAAUUCAAAGGUUUUAUAAAAGCCGAACACGACAAUGGGAAUUGAAAAAUAGAUACAAUAAACCACAAUCCGCGAAUUUUCAGGAAAUGGUUCCUACCAGUUUUGUUUUAUACAUUCAGAAAGUGAGUAGUGGUUUAAAGAAAAGUCCAGCCUGCACGUCCCUAUGGUUUCAAGAUGCAAAUAGUGCAUUCCUUAAACACACGCUAUGUAUAUGUGUAAUGUUGCGAAAUGCAUGACAUAGUUAACGCGACUUCUAAUCAUCACAGGAGAUAAGCCAAUGGGUGGGUUUUCUUCUAAAUGCUUUAUCAUGUCGGGGAUCCCGUUAUUACCAAGGACAAUGUCUGAAAUGUUUGAUAUAUGUUUGAAUACUUACUUGUAGUUGGUGAGCUGUCUGCGGAGCAAUUGACCACUACAAAGUCAAUGUUCGUAUUUUAAGUCUAGCAUCUUAGCUCCACCCAGUGAUUCACAUGAUUCAAAUCUUGUAGAAACAAUUGUUGGUCAAUAUCUUGACACGUUGAUACGGUCUUACUUGUCAUAUAUCACUGCCGAGAGAUAGGCGUUCAAAUGAUAAAAUUUUGAAUGCAGUCACUGAAGCAUUCGAGAUGAAUUUUUUUUUCAUUUUACUUACCAAUGCUCUCGUGGGGAUCCGGAUUAGAAUAAGGUCCUCAUUACCUCUUGCUUGUCGUAAUAGACGACUAAAUGGGGCGGUCCUUCGGAUGAGACC